AGACUCCAGCUGGAUCUGGGCAGACAGAGGAGGCUGGGCCUCUGCCUGCAGUGGUCACUGUUCUUCAGUCUCGGCCAUCACCAUGAGUGGCCGAGUCGGAGAUCUGAGCCCCAAACAGGCAGAGACCCUGGCCAAGUUCCGAGAAAAUGUCCAGGACGUGUUGCCCGCCCUGCCAAACCCCGAUGAUUAUUUCCUUCUUCGUUGGCUCCGAGCUCGGAACUUUGACCUUCAGAAAUCUGAGGCCAUGCUCCGCAAGUACAUGGAGUUCCGGAAGACCAUGGACAUUGAUCACAUCCUUGACUGGCAGCCCCCAGAGGUGAUCCAGAAGUACAUGCCUGGAGGUCUGUGUGGCUAUGACCGGGAUGGCUGCCCUGUAUGGUAUGAUAUCAUCGGGCCACUGGACCCCAAAGGGUUGCUUUUCUCAGUUACCAAGCAGGACCUGUUGAAGACCAAGAUGAGGGACUGUGAGCGCAUUCUGCACGAGUGUGACCUGCAGACAGAGCGGCUGGGGAGGAAGAUUGAAACCAUCGUGAUGAUAUUUGACUGCGAGGGUCUGGGACUGAAGCACUUCUGGAAACCUCUGGUGGAAGUGUACCAGGAGUUCUUUGGCCUCCUUGAAGAGAAUUAUCCAGAGACCCUGAAGUUCAUGCUCAUUGUGAAAGCCACAAAACUGUUCCCUGUGGGCUACAAUCUCAUGAAGCCAUUCCUGAGUGAGGACACACGGAGGAAAAUUGUGGUGCUGGGAAAGAGCUGGAAGGAAGGUUUGCUGAAACUCAUCAGUCCUGAGGAACUGCCUGCUCAUUUUGGGGGAACUCUGACUGACCCAGAUGGGAACCCCAAAUGUUUGACCAAGAUCAACUAUGGCGGGGAGAUCCCCAAGUCCAUGUACGUGAGGGACCAGGUGAAGACUCAGUACGAGCACUCAGUGCAGAUUAGCCGUGGCUCCUCACACCAGGUGGAAUAUGAGAUCCUGUUUCCAGGCUGUGUUCUCAGGUGGCAGUUCUUCUCUGAUGGUGCAGACAUUGGCUUUGGAGUCUUCCUCAAGACCAAGAUGGGGGAGAGGCAGAAGGCCGGGGAGAUGACUGAGGUGCUGGCCAGCCAGCGCUACAAUGCCCACAUGGUGCCUGAGGACGGGAGCCUCACCUGCUCAGAGGCUGGUGUCUAUGUCCUGCGCUUUGACAACACCUAUAGCUUCGUCCAUGCCAAGAAGGUCAGCUUCACGGUUGAAGUGCUUCUCCCAGACGAGGGCAUGCAGAAAUACGAUGAGGAGCUCACCCCUGUCUAGGCGGAUCCCCCUCUUCCCAGAGACCCAGAACCUCUUUCUGUUUUCUCUCUACUGCCCCUUUCAUUCCUAAAAAUGAUCAUUAGACCAACUGACAAUGUGGCACCAGUGAGCAGAGAAAGGGAGACUGGGGAAGACAUAUCUGCUGUGAUCGAAUUUUAAAAGCAUGAAAGGUGUUGGAGGAUAUAAAGGUUGCAAAAGAGAAAGAAGCAAGAAGGAAAACGAGAGAUGGGUGCCACUGAGGUCCAAGAAUAGGGAAAUGACUAGUUGACCUUAUGUAUCCUAAGACAUUUGUGCUCGACUCCCUUUCUGUGUAAAACUUAAGAUGAAGAUUAUCUGAAUCCUUUUUCCUUCCACUCACUACAUAGUAGACGAUUAGUGUAUUCCUGUAAGUUAAGCAGAGGGCCAGAAGGAAGGGAGCACGUGGUUCCCAGGAGUCAUAAGGAAGAGAGCAGUCAGUAUAUUUCAGCACCCCGGACAGAGACACACUUGGCCAAGACCCAGGCCAUGCAACCUGACAGUGGUUUCCUUUGGGAGUUUCAGACACAGACGCCCCAUGCCCCUUGCGGGAGGUGGGUAGCCAGGGGCAUGGUUCCCACCCAUUAUCCCCAAAACAUCUCCUUCUUUCUGAGCUCACAACUCACAUUUCAAUCAAUCAAAAUAACUUUCCCCACUGCAAAAGCAGUCACAUGCUACUCUGCCUGCCGCUGGGCAAAACAAUAACAACAGCUGUUGUUUGGAGAGGAUUGUCACUGUUCCAAGUACUUUACAAGUUUGGCUCAUGCCAUCUUCACACCACCCCAAUACACCUUAUUAAGCCACUUUAUGAAUGAAGCAACUGGGCUCAGAGGGGCUAAAUUAGCCACUGAUGUCAUAGAGCUUUAAGUGACAGCUCUAGGAGCUGAGUUUUUUGUUUUUUAUUUAGUCAGAAAGCAUUGCUUUAUUGCCCCAUGGUACCCCCUCAAAAGACCCUGCUUUGCCAAGGAGGUAAGGAAUGCUUUGACUGUCCGCAUCCUUCAGAAGAGUGUACUGGGUAUCCCACCUCUCCCUGCUUGGACAGCCGGAGGAAUUAAGAGCCCCAGUGCUUAAGCAGGUUGUUCGAGGAGCCUCAUAGAGGGCUGGAAGGGGCUUGUAUGCCUGUGCCUGGUGUUCUGCCCUCUGCUCAUGCUGUGUCUGUAGGGAUGACCACCUGAUGCUCACCACACCUAUGAGGAACUGGGACCAGGCUUCCAGUUUCUUUCUCAACUUCCUGCCCCGUGCAUGGUACACAGACACUGGCUUGAGUCCCUGGCUCCUGACACAACUCUUGCCAAGAGAUGAUUAGUCUAGAGAAUGAGAACAGGGCAGAACCCAAGGGGCUGGCUGAUGCCAUGCGCUGCACCUUGGGAAUGAGCUAAAAGCCAAGUGUGAAGCCUGACUCUCACCAAGCUAUGUUAUUCUGUGGAGGGGAGCAGAGUCAUGCGCACACUUGAGGGCACAGACUCUUAUGCCCAUCUUAUAGAUGGGAACUGUCUUAGGAUUUCUAUUGCUCUGAUGAAACACCAUUACCAAAGGCAACAUAACAGUUCAUCAUCAAAAGCAAUGAGGGCGGGAACCUGGAGGCAGGAGCUGAUGCAGAGGCCAUAGAUGGGUGCUGCUUACUGGCUUGUUUCCCAUGGCUUGCUCAGCCUGCUUUCUUACAGAACCCAGCACCGCCAGCCCAGGAAUAGAACCACCCACAAGUGGUCUAGGCCUUCCCCUAUUGAUCACAAAUUGAGAAAAUGCCAUACAGCCUCAAUCGAGGUUCCCUCCUCUGAGAUGAUGUCAUGUUGACAUAAUACCAGGAACUGAGCUUCCAGCAGUACUGGACCCAUUUUCUUCAGGGUGUGGAUGGUAGAAUUGGAUCAGAGCCAAGGUACCCACUGUGCUUUAUAACCUCCAGGUUCCUGAGUUAUUUUCCAAACAGGCUAAGAUUGUCUCCUCCUUCCUGAGUAGGCAGGGGAGGGGACAGUAACUGGAAUCACAAAAGAGUGCAGGAAAAGUAAGGAAGAGAAAGUUGUCAGACUUUGAAAGAACAAAAGGGUGGGAUUGGAUGGUACUUAAAUGUAUUCACUAUCUAACAUUAAAGUCUAACUGAACAUCCCAA